GCGGUGCCGGCCGGGGGGGGGGGGGGUGGGGGGUGACGUAAUCUCCGUCCUCCGCCGCGGCGCCCCGCCCCGCGACGCCCUCCGCGAACCGGGAGAGCGCAGCACAGGCGGCCCGCAGCAGCUGCUGCUCGGGGGCGGUGCCUGCCCCGCAGCCUCCCCUGGCGAUUGCCAGCCCCAUCUUUGUCCGGCCUCCGCGCUUUGUUCUUGGCGCCCGUGCUUUGGCUGGCCAGGCCCACCGCCGGGCAGCCCUCACGCCGCGCUGGCGUCGUCCUCGCCCCCGUCGCCACCGCCCCCCGCGCGCGGCCGGGCCUUGCCCCCCAUGGUGUCCCGGCCAGAGGCCGAGGGCGAGGCCAUGGACGCCGAGCUGGCGGUAGCGCCGCCGGGCUGCUCGCACCUGGGCAGCUUCAAGGUGGACAACUGGAAGCAGAACCUGCGGGCCAUCUACCAGUGCUUCGUGUGGAGCGGCACGGCCGAGGCCCGCAAGCGCAAGGCCAAGUCCUGCAUCUGCCAUGUCUGUGGCGUCCACCUCAACAGGCUGCAUUCCUGCCUCUACUGCGUCUUCUUCGGCUGCUUCACAAAGAAGCAUAUUCACGAGCACGCGAAGUCGAAGCGGCACAACCUGGCCAUUGAUCUGAUGUAUGGAGGCAUCUACUGCUUUCUGUGUCAGGACUACAUCUAUGACAAAGACAUGGAAAUAAUUGCCAAGGAGGAGCAGCGGAAGGCUUGGAAAAUGCAAGGCGCUGGAGAGAAGUUUUCAACCUGGGAACCAACCAAACGGGAGCUUGAACUGCUGAAGCAUAAUCCGAAAAGGAGAAAGAUCACCUCGAACUGCACCAUAGGUCUGCGCGGCCUGAUCAACCUUGGGAACACGUGCUUCAUGAACUGCAUCGUGCAGGCUCUGACCCACACGCCACUUCUGCGGGACUUCUUCCUGUCUGACAGGCACCGCUGUGAGAUGCAGAGCCCCAGCUCCUGUCUGGUGUGUGAGAUGUCCUCACUGUUUCAGGAGUUUUACUCUGGACACCGGUCCCCUCACAUCCCAUAUAAGUUGCUGCACCUGGUGUGGACCCACGCGAGGCACCUGGCAGGCUACGAGCAGCAGGACGCCCACGAGUUCCUCAUUGCGGCCCUGGACGUGCUCCACCGACACUGCAAAGGUGAUGACAACGGGAAGAAGGCCAACAAUCCCAACCACUGCAACUGUAUCAUAGACCAGAUCUUCACCGGCGGGCUGCAGUCAGACGUCACCUGCCAAGUCUGCCAUGGAGUCUCCACCACCAUAGACCCCUUCUGGGACAUCAGCUUGGAUCUCCCCGGCUCUUCCACCCCAUUCUGGCCCCUGAGCCCAGGGAGCGAGGGCAACGUGGUAAACGGGGAAAGCCACAUGGCGGGAACCACUACACUCACGGACUGCCUGCGACGAUUCACCAGACCAGAGCACUUGGGCAGCAGUGCCAAGAUCAAGUGUAGUGGGUGCCACAGCUACCAGGAGUCCACGAAGCAGCUCACCAUGAAGAAACUGCCCAUUGUAGCCUGUUUUCAUCUCAAACGAUUUGAACAUUCAGCCAAGCUGCGGAGGAAGAUCACCACGUAUGUCUCCUUCCCCCUAGAGCUGGACAUGACCCCUUUCAUGGCCUCCAGCAAAGAGAGUAGGAUGAACGGACAGUACCAGCAGCCCACAGACAGUCUCAACAACGACAACAAGUAUUCCCUGUUUGCUGUUGUUAACCAUCAAGGGACCUUGGAGAGCGGCCACUACACCAGCUUUAUUCGGCAGCACAAAGACCAGUGGUUCAAGUGUGACGAUGCCAUCAUCACCAAGGCCAGCAUCAAGGACGUGCUGGACAGCGAAGGUUACUUGCUGUUCUAUCACAAACAGUUCCUGGAAUACGAGUAGCCUUAUCUGCAGCUGGUCAGAAAAACAAAGGCAACGAAUUGGCAAGCCUCACGAAGUGAUCCUCCCUGCCCCCCACCCCCACCCCCUGCCUCCCUGGCCUGGUGAUACCACCUCCUAUGCAGUGGUGGCCCCUCUGCACCUUGGACCCCUGGGUUCGAGAUGGACCACAUGGACGGGGAGGCUCCCUGAGGUACAUUGAAGAUGGAUGAGAUGACGGGUGUGCUCUGGGUGGGAGGAGCAGCGUGCACCCGUCAUGAUAUCCUGUGCUCAUAAUAUGGGGGUCCAACGGGGGCCUCACAGCACUGAGUGACUGCCGCCUAGUGCUGCUUAGCACUCAUUGUGGAAGGGCCCCUGCCCGCUGUAAGAUUAUGGGUCCGUUAAAGCAGUAAGCUGAAGACACAGGUGUAGUGUAUGGGCCAGAGGGCCUUGCAGAUGCCUUUCUGUUCGUGUUUUGGUGUUAAGAUACGGAGAGUGUGGAACUCCUCACUUCCAUUUUUCUCAGCGCUGUGAAGCAGCCCUCAGAGCUUCGGAAUGAAGGACACUAUGUUGAGUUUUCAAGCGUGUCUGUUCCGUAGGUAACUUAGCAACAAACUGCUCGAGGAAGCAUCUUUCAGUUUUCUAGAAACAGGCGUUUUCUUAUCCUUCUCCCUUCCGUUUUUCCACAAAGGUGAAUUUCAUAAAUGUAAUACUAGUAAAGUGAAUGAAUUGCUGAGUUUAUACGGAAGUCUAGGUAACUUCUCCUUUGGUCUUGAGAGCAAGUCUUGCUUUUUAAUCGGUGCUGUUUAUGUUGUUGCCCUCCCUGUGUGCCUGGCUCCUCUGGACGCUGUGGUGUCUGUGGGUGGCCAGCAGUGGGCUCAGUGUUGGAGAGUCGUGCUGCAGCUCACACUGUGUCUCUGUCAUCUCAAUCUGGAGUCAAUCCAGCCUCUGCCAGUGUCUGAUCGGUUCCCUCCCUUGUGCUUGCUUCCUCUGUCCCGUGGCCUGGCUCCCGCCACCUGGCAGCUAAGCAUGUUGCUUGCGAAGCUGGAGUGCUUUCUCAUGGGGCCUUUGUCUUGUCUCAUCAGCCUCUGCUUUCCGUUUGGUGUACUUUUGGGUGUGGUGGGGAUAAAAUGACAUCGUGAUUGAGCCCGUCUGCAGAGCCAAGGGAGGGAGUAGGAGGAUGUGCAUUUUUCCUUGUAAGAUAUCUUGCAUGUAUCUGUGUAUUCAAAUGGAAACAGUUGCUUUGUCCAUUUGUCCACUGAGAAAUUACAAACUAGGAACAAGGGGGAGGAAAAAUACUUAAAUAUGGUUUUUGAAGUAACCACAGCUCAAACUGCUUUUCCAGGAACCCCAGCUGCAUCUGAACCAAGGGCUCUUCAGUCCUGCAGAGGGUAGGAUCCUCUGUCUGGGGUGGGCAGAUGUUUUCAUAGCCAGGUAGUGAGUCCUCUGGCCCUGUGGGCUGUACGAUCUCCGCCAUAAAUACAUAGAAGUGUGGCUGUGACCAUACAACUUGUAGACACAGAAAUCUGAAUUGCAUAUAAUGUUCCAUGUCAAGAAACUUAGAUUUUCUUUUUAACUGCUUAAAAAUGUGAAAACUAUUCUUAGCUCACAGGCCAUGGAGAAGCUGGUGGCGACCAGACCCAGUUCCUUAGCCGGUUGGGUGGGGAGGGGCAGUGACAGUGGCAGCUGAGUAGCUACUCACUGCUCAGUGUAGAAAACAUGAGAAUGUAGGACUUGGCGAUCACACCCCACAGAACCAUCGUGCAGCAAAAGUCUUGGGGAUGCAGUUUCCAUCAUGUAUGGCAGAAGCCUUGGGGAUUCAGUUUCUCACACAUGUGCUCAAGUUCAUUUUCUGUUGUCGUUCUGCAUUUAUUCACGUGGAAGCAUGUUUUGUAAAAUGAAUUAUCAGAGAAACAGAUGGGUCGAGAUUUUUAAAAAUGGCCCCACGUGACCAAGUUAUUUGGGGGGCAGUGCUUUGAUGAUCUCCUUUGAGGAUGAGCUUUUAAUCAGGAACAUCUAACGGAAAGGAGAGUUGACUGACGUUGGCCCACAGGAUUGUAUGCCGGGCAGUGCCUUCCUGAAGGCUUGCCACCUGGGGACACCCUGGUUUAUGGUGGCAGCUUGCAGAGUACGGAAGGCAGCAGCAUGGGCCUUGGGCCUUUCUGGCAGCUGCCUGUGGUUGGCCAGGCUCUUCCUCCCCUUCCGCCCCUCUCUUCUGUCUGUACUUGCUGUUCUUCUGAGAACAUUAGAUCUGGGAAGAGAGCUGGUCACCUGCAUUCUUUGCGGGCAUUAUUCUAAACUUUUGUGUCCAAGUUAUCCCCUAUUCACUGUGGCCUUACUGUUCUAAGCAAUUAUCCCACACCUGCUGCGGAAGAGCUGCUCACCAGAGGCAGGCAGCAGCCCUGGGCACUGCCACUUGCAUUAGGUCUUGUGUUUGAUGUGCUCUUGUGAAUUUACUUUGUCAGAACAAAAUAGUUGCAAGUUGGGUUCAAGAAUCUCUCCUUUUAGCUUCUGAUCUGGCUAUGAAAUUCAGGAAACCUGUUCUCCCAUUGCCUAGUAAUCACCCCAUGUAGGUGUAAAUUGUGACAAAGUGGAUCUGACCCCUAAGGGACCCCCUGGUGACCCCCCCAAAAAAAUUCACACCAGUGUAUUUAAAAUAGCCUGCAUUUUGGAGAUGCUGGCUGUCUUUCCAGUGCUUCACAGGAAGACAAAUGGGCUUUCCCUCUUCAGAUGCCUGAAGGAAGUGCUUUGAGGCAGGUGAUGGGCUGGGAGUGUGGUCAGCCUCCCUCCAGCCCCGGGGCCCUCUGUGGACCUGGGCUCCCUGGUGGGCUCUGGAACCUCCCUGGACAUCCCCUCCGGCACCAGCACCACUGCAACCUAUAGACCCGAGUGCUGUUGUAUUUUGCCUUGGUGUGUGUGCUUUUCGUUGUGUAAAAUUGCUGUUCUUUUGACAAUUUAAGUGACUUGUUUACUGUAAAUUUGAAAAUAAAAAUUAAGAAAAAAAUUCCAAUGAC